CGUUGUGCGUGCGAGAAAGAGAAACCAAUUCCACACACUCAAUCAAACCCAAAAUCAGAAUACCAAUUCUUUCUUCCUUUCCCUAAUUCCCAAUCACCUUCUCUCUUCUCCUCACAUUUCUCUCCAAACCCUAGCCCUCUCCACUCAUCAUCAUCAUCAUCAUCCCCCAAUUCCACUCCCGGCCGCCCCAAGAUUCCGUCUUGGCCUCGCCGCCGGCGCGAUUCCGUCCACUCCGGGCUUCUCCGAUGCCGUCUCUCCCUUGAAGCCCCAUCACCUCUGCGCUUUCGAAGGGUUUGGACGUUUUAGGGAAAUGGAAGCGCCAGGUGGCAAUCUGGACUCGUAUAGAGCUCCGGUGUCGGGCAAUAGUGGUAGUUCUAGGAGAUAUGGGAUGUUGUCUGCUUCGAAUUUUAUACAGGCCCCACUGUCUGCAUUGCUGGAAUACUCAGGGCUUUUGCGUGGCCGGUCCGGUCACCAAGAAGGCGAGUCUUUGAUUGGUGGCCGCAGCGCUGCCGCGUUCAGGGAGCAGCACCGUGAUCAGGCUGAUCAGUUGAGCAAUGAUCGGGAGGUUUCGAUUAGGAUAAUCGGUGCAGGGGAGCAGGAGCUUGAAAGGGAGGGAGGGGGUUUAGUAGUUGGGCAGUUGAGGGAGAGUGGUCUUCAGCAGAAUGAGGCUUCAGCGGGACAGACGAUAGCGAGGGCGGGGUCUGUUACUUUGGUGUCGGAGGAGAGUCAGGCUGAUGGUAGAACAGAUUUGGGAGAAGGGAUAUCACAAUCGUUAAAUGGAGGUGCUGAUGGAGAGGCGGGUGAUGGUGCUGGGGCUAAUGGUAGGGAUUCGUCGUAUCAGAGGUAUGAUAUUCAGCAGGCAGCUAGGUGGAUUGAGCAGGUCCUGCCCUUUUCAUUGCUUCUAUUGGUGGUCUUCAUUCGCCAGCAUUUGCAAGGUUUCUUUGUUACCAUCUGGAUUGCUGCUGUUAUGUUCAAGUCAAAUGACAUCCUAAAGAAGCAGACAUCUUUGAAGGGAGAGAGGAAAAUCCCUAUACUAGUCAGCAUCUCGAUCGCAUUUUUAGUUCAUGUGAUUGGUGUUUACUGGUGGUAUCAGAAUGAUGAUCUUUUGUACCCUUUAGUCAUGCUUCCUCCCAAAGUUAUACCACCUUUCUGGCAUGCAGUUUUUAUCAUCAUGGUUAAUGAUACUUUGGUCCGACAGGCAGCAAUGGUGAUCAAGUGUUUUCUAUUAAUGUACUACAAGAACAGCAGAGGACGUAACUAUCGUAAGCAGGGUCAAAUGCUUACUUUGGUUGAGUAUCUACUUCUGUUUUACCGGGCCUUAUUACCAACGCCAGUGUGGUACCGUUUCUUCUUGAACAAAGAAUAUGGUAGUCUCUUUUCAUCACUGAUGACGGGGUUAUAUCUGACCUUCAAGCUUACAUCUGUUGUUGAGAAGGUACAAUCUUUCUUUGCUGCAUUGAAGGCCUUGUCACGCAAAGAGGUUCACUAUGGGGCGUAUGCAACAUCCGAACAGGUCAUUGCAGCUGGCGAUCUAUGUGCAAUUUGCCAGGAGAAAAUGCAUGCCCCUAUCUUACUUCGCUGUAAACACAUCUUCUGUGAGGACUGUGUAUCAGAAUGGUUUGAGAGGGAACGGACCUGUCCAUUGUGCAGGGCUUUGGUAAAACCUGCAGAUCUUAGAUCAUUUGGCGAUGGAUCAACAAGUUUGUUCUUCCAGCUGUUUUAAGAUCGCUCAACUGUAAAAACGAGGUGUGUUUCUGGUUUUGAAGUUCGAAUUUUCUUUGAAGCAGGCAUCUCCUCAGCCUUGUGACUACACUAGUAUAUUUGAUUGUAUUUUUGCUGUGCCUUGUUCAUGGUUUACCCUAGGAAAGAAAGUAGUUGGGUACGACUGAACUGGCCACUGUUCAUACAGAAGUUGUAUUGAGAAAAUGUCAAAUUGUAUGUAUUUCGCCAAUUAAGCAACAGACAAGUACCUUUAACACCAUUUGCGUUUAUAUCCAGCUAUCUGAUUGCCUUGAAUGAAAUUUAGCUUGGCCUCC